GCAAAUCUGGCAACAUUCUACAAUUUGUGUGUUUUCUGCUUUUUCUGUUUCAUAAUCAUAUUGGUUGUAAAUUAUUGGUAACUGUUAUCACUGAAAAAUGGCUAGUCAAACUCAAGGAAUUCAACAGCUUUUAGCUGCUGAAAAAAGAGCUGAUGAAAAAGUUAACCAAGCAAGAAAACGCAAAGCGAUGAAACUUAAAAAAGCUAAAGAAGAAGCUCAAGCUGAAGUUUUACGAUUUCGAGAGGAAAGAGAAAAACAAUUUAAGGAUUACGAAAAACAGCACAUGGGAUCAAAAGAAAGUAAUGCUGCUAUGAUUGAAGAAACAACAGUUAAAAAGAUAGAAGAAAUGAAACAUACUGUAGCUGCCAACAAAAAUAAAGUCAUUGAUUAUUUGAUCAGCCAGGUGUUUAAUGUUGAAGCUAAAGUCCAUCAAAACUUCAUAGCUGCUAUUGAUAAGUAAACAGCUGAAAUUUUCAUUCCAGAACUUUUUCAAUGGUAGUUUUGUGAAUAAUUGGUAUAAUUUUUUUUUUUUUUCACUUGGUGCACUGCCUCAUUAUUAGUAGCAAUUAUUUGUGAGUAUUUAUAGAAUUGUUAUAUAAUAUACUUGGGGCCCUUUUUAUGAAUGUUAAGGUGAGAUGGUUAUGUCUAUUAUAUUGAAUUUUUAAAUAUUCUGAUGUGUUUCAUCUGUUUAUCAUUCUAUUAGUUAUUCUAAAAUUAAGUUUACUUUAAUUGAAAUUUUGUGCAACUUUAUUGCAUAAAAUUUUUGUUUGUGUGGUAUUUGGCAUAGUUUUAUAUUUAAAGAGGAUCUUCAGAUUAAUUUAAUUCUAUAUGUGCCUUUUUUGCAUUCCAUAGUUUGGGCCGAAGGAUAUUAUUAAUGAAUGUUUAGAAAACUGCUAUCUAUGGAUAUUAAUGUAAGAACAAUAUGUAUUUUGCUAUUUGAACAAAAAAAAAAGUUCUUAUGAGGACUGAAUAUUUGUUUUGUUAGUUUUUUUGGUUUGUAUUUAUUGUCUUUGAACAAGAUUAUUUUAAAUGUUAGCUUGAAUGUUUAAAACAAUUUUGUGAAAAUUUAUGUUCUGAAAGUUAUUUAUUUAAAAUUAUAUAAGCUUUAAAAGAAAUUGUUUUAUACACCUUAUAUUAAUUCUUCUCUUAAAUAAUAGAAGCUAUCAACUGUUUAUUUUUUAAAUUUAAGUCGUAUUCAAAAUGCCAAAUUUAUGUAGGCACAAUUUUUUUCCUGUUUGUUUUAUUUCCUGAUGUAAGUCAUUAAAAAUAGUUCGUAGAAAUUUAAAAUAUAUGCUGUAUGAAUUUCAAUUCAGGUUUAAAUGGUUGUUUCUGUUUAUAAAAGUGAAAUUGGUGCUGUAAGAUUUAUGGCUCUUAAAGUAUUACUUUUAUUUGUAUAUGUAUGUAUGUAUAUUAUAUGAAAAAAUAGUUUAAUAACAAUGUUAUUUUAUUCAAAUAUGUAUACAGUUGCUUAUGAAACCAAAGAUUUAUAGGAUAUUUCAGUACUGAAUUUAUCAAAAACCUAUUAACUUUUAACAUAUUACAUUGGUUUAUAAAACUUGAUGUACUUAUUUAUUUAGGGUUGUGGGGUGAGAGUAGCAGUUUCAGUUAAAUUAGAGUUUUAAUAAAUCAUUUGGGAUAUUUCUGUAUUCAAGCUUUAUGUGCAGAAUACAUCCCUUUUUUUAUUUGAUUAUUUUCUCCAAACUUUGUAAAAGCCAUAAUAAUUUUGAGAUUCAUUAAAAUGUUGAGAUUUCUUCAUUUAUAUAUAUAUUGUAUUAGAGAAUAUUUUCAUGAUGUUGAUUUUCUUUUAUAUGUAUUUCUGUAAAUUUUAAAGGUUUUGUGUAUAAUUUGUGCCAUAAAUUUUUGAAAAUAAAGCAGUACAUAUUGUUUGA